AUGCAAUCGUCGCUACCACAAGCCUUCAGAGAGUUGUUUAUGAAGGGAAGGGCGGAUAAUAGCACAGUAAAGUCAGGUGGGUGCUGUUUCGGGCAAGUCUGUACCAACCCAUGUGUAUAUCCGGUGCAGCCAGCCCCACAGUUACCAGUAAUACUGCCAGCGCGGACCGUGUACGAGCCUGUGGAACAUGAUCACCCCCCACUUGGGGAAAUAAAGGAUAUAAUUAGAGCGGAGAGACGUUAUGAAAGAAUUGAAAGCGACAGCUAUAGUGAUGACACAGAUUCUGAUGAUUAUGGGAAUUUAUAUUAUUAA